GGAGACGGGAAGGGAGAGGGCUGGAGCGGAGGAGGAGGAGGCGCGCAGGCCAUGGCUCGUGGUGGUCCGGACCCUGUGACUUUUGAAGAUGUGGCCAUGUAUUUCACAAGAGCGGAGUGGGCCCUGCUGGAUUCAAAGCAAAGAGCCCUCUAUAAGGAGGUCAUGGAGGAAAACUACGGCACUGUGGCCUCUCUGGCCACAAAUGCAGGCUACCCAGUUCCCAAACCAGACCUGAUCUCGUGCCUAGAAGGAGGGGAGAUGCUUUGGUUUCCAGAUCUUCCAGAGGUUGCAGAGAGAGAGGUGGAGCCAGACUUCAGCUCAGGUGCUGAGAGAGUGAGAGAAGAGAUUUCUCCACUGGCAACCCCCAAAGGGCCAGCCUUGCAAUGGGUCAAAGAGGGAACUUGCCAGGAUGGAUGGGGAGGGGAACCAUCUGGGAGUCGAGGAGGCCCAGGGACGUUCCAAAAGAAGUAUUAUCAGAAGAAAGCCACUCCUUACAUGGAAAUCCACAAAGAUCUCUCCAAAGCAAGGGUCCAGGAGAGGAUUCAUGCAGAAAUGAUACGGAAGCCACUCAAAAAACGGCCAAGAAACUCCAGCAAGAGAACCCAUGUAGCAACCAAACAGUUUCAGUGCCCAGACUGUGGGAGAAGGUUCAAGCAUAGCAAUUCACUUACUAUACACAUGCGAACCCAUUCAGGAGAGAAACCAUAUGAAUGCUCAACCUGCAGGAAAAAUUUCAGCAGCCUGUCAAACCUUUAUAGUCACGAGAGGGUGCACACACAAGAAAGACCCUAUCGCUGUUCUCCUUGUGGGAAAACUUUCAAGGCUGCUUCACACCUCAAACGUCACAAAAGGACCCACACUGGAGCGAAACCGUAUGCAUGUCCACAGUGUGGGAAAAGGUUCAAUAGCACAAAUCAUUUUCUUAGACACGAGAAAACCCACACACAAGAGAAGCCGUUCAAAUGCGCACACUGUGGAAAGUGCUUCCGAGAGAGAGAACACCUUGCCACUCAUGAGAGAAUCCAUACGGGGGACAAACCAUAUAAAUGCGCAGACUGUGGGAGAUGCUUCAAUUGCCAGUCAAACUUUAUUAGGCACAAGAAAAUCCAUAGAGGAGAGAAACCGCAUAAGUGUUCAGAUUGCGGGAAAAGCUUCAGAACUAAUUCAGACCUUAGGCUGCAUCAAAGAAUCCACACUGGUGAGAAACCUUACCAGUGCACAGAGUGUGGGAAAAACUUUCGGUGCAGCUCAAGCUUUGUAAACCAUAAGAGAACUCACCGAGGAGACAAACCAUAUGAGUGCCUGGAAUGUGGCAAACGUUUACGUCAUAAGAUCACCCUUAAUAAACAUCAGCAGAGAAUGCAUAAAUAUCCAUGCUUAGAUUGUGGGGAAAGUUUCAGUCAAAGUUCAGCCCUUCUACGUCAUAAAAGUAAACACACAGGAGAGAAACCAUUUAGAUGCUCACAUUGUGGGAAAAGCUUUGAUCAGAGAAAAUUACUGACUCUGCAUGAGAGAAUUCAUACGGGAGAGAAACCUUACAACUGUCUAGCAUGUGGGAAAAAAUUUAUAACAAAAUCUGCACUUACUCAACAUGAGAAAUUCCACCCAGGAGAGAAAUCCUAUGACUGUUCAGAGUGUUGGAGAAGCUUCAAUAAUCCCUUACGCUUGCUGAAACAUCAGAAGAUCCACACAGGAGAGGCUCCAUAUAAAUGCUUGGAAUGUGGGAAAAGCUUUUCCUCAAUGAGUGAUCAACACACUCAUCAAAGAAUCCACACAGGAGAGAAGCCAUACCAGUGUUUGUAUUGUGGGAAACGGUUCUGUCACCAGUCAUCCUUGAAGGAACAUGAAAAAAGGCACACUGGAGAGAAACUCUUUAAAUGUAUGGAGUGUGGCAAAAGCUUUAUUAAUAGUUCAGGCCUCAUAAGUCACCAUAAAAUCCACAGGAGAGAAAUUGUUUAAAUGAUCAUAUGAGAGGGAAGGUUCCAGAAAGGGGAUUGAUCUUCCCAAAUGUGAGAGAAUCCACACUUGGGAAAAGCCUUUUCAAUGUUUAUGGUGUUGGAAGAACUUUGUAAAGAAAGCACAUUUGACUGCACAUGAGAAAACCCAUGGAGGAUAAGGAAAGCAUUAGAAAAACAGUGAAUCUGUAAGACCAAAGAUAAUUAAUGAAGGUCUGGAGAAUCUGUUGCAAGUUAAGCUUUCCCGAAAUUAGUUUCUCUUAACAAUGGAGCUGAUGUUCUCUUACUAAGUCUUAUGGGCCUGCCCCAGCUUCCUCCUCUUGCCCACCCCAUAGCUCUCUGUGCAUGCAAUAUUAUUUCACAGGGGUGCUCAGGCCUAUACUUACAAUGGUGCAAAAAGGGGCAAUGCCCCAUCAAAAAAAUUGUCAGUGAGCAAGCAUUAAUCUUUCAAGUGUGUGCAAAGGGAAAAGGAAGAAGUUGGUGCAGAGAGGUGUGAAUCUUGUCAUAAAUCUUCCAAGUGUAAAUUCUCUCUGUAAGGGACUAGAACCGAAUUUGUAGCUAGCAGGGCUGGAAAGCCUUGAUUUUAAAAUUCUGCAGCAGGAAGGGGUUUGGUAAUAAUAUCAUGUAGUAGAAAAACAGAGAGAGGGCAUUACAGAUAUUGAAUUGCUUGAUUUCAAGUGUAGAACUUCAGUAGAAUUUGCAGAGAAGUGAAGCAAUUUGCCCUGCAGACCUCCAUCCAGAAAAUCCUCCAUGACCUUAGCUUCCAAAUAACCCCCAAAUAAAAUUUGGAUGCACCGAAUUCUAACUACAGCUGGUCUGAUGGGUAUUCUUGGUUGGAAUACUCUGUUUCAAGUGAUAAAGCUUUCCUUUUCCUUGGCAGAAAAUUUGCAAAGGACAGAGAAAAAGAGGUUUCAAUUACAAUCCCCAGUUUCAAAAACUAGAAGAAAGAAUCUCGCUCUUCUGUAAACUGUGUGAAACAGAGUUGUUUGGAAGGACAUUUUUUAAAGUGAUGGGGCAAUAGAGAAGUGUCUGUAUACCACAACAUAUUCUGUGUAUUAGCUAUUUACCGUAUGUACGACCGUGUUCUUACUACAUUGUUUUCUAAUUUUGUCGUUCCAUUUUCUGCAUAACUAGAGCAUUUUUAUUUUAUUUACGUUAUUUAUAGUCUGCCUUCCUCACAGAGACUCAACCAGAUUACACAGUGUAAGUUAACGUGAUCAGUAGCUGGGUCAUUCGCUAAAAAUGCAAUAGGUUAAUGAUUGCAGAAAUUUGAAAACAAGCAAAACUCCAAUACAGAGCUGAAACAAAACACAAAUUGCCAUGACAUAUUAAACAACAUGGAAACUAUCCAGUAGGUGCAUACUUACAGCAAUAGACAGUAUCCAGUAGUAUAGUCUCUGGCUCCUAUCCCUUUACCAACACAUCUUUCUGAACCAUUUCCUUAUGGCACUGUCUUACUACCUAUGUAAAAAAGCCCUCCUGUAUAAUUAAGUUCUGCAUAGUUUGCUGAAAGCCAGGAGAGCGGGAGCUUUCUUGACCUCUUCAGGCAGGCCGUUCCAUAAGGUGGAAUCCAAUACUCUUUUAAUUUUUCUAAUUUUUGUAAUCGUAGUGCUAUUGCAUUGUUGUAUGCAAGUCAACAGAGUUAUACAAGUUAAUAGAUCUUGCAUGCUGCUUAAUCACAACGUUUUACACCAUCUCAUCUGCCUUGAGUCUCAAUGAGAAAGGCAGACUCUAAAUAAAGUAGAUAAAUAAUGAUGGGCUGCCCACCAGUAUACCCCCUCCAACGAAAAACAUUCUGGCUGAGUAAUACACCAGUGCCUUAUUUAAUUAUUUAGAAAAAUAAGCAUGGCUGUUCUGUACUGCCCUCCCACUGUGCUCAUUUGCUCCCUUAACAAAAAUGCUCUGGCUGUGGGUCUGGAGGUGCUGUAAGAAUCUGCCAAGACACUUACCCAAAGUCUUCUCUCUGGUUUAGAAAAGCUUUAUUGGAAAUUUCUCAUAUCAUGAUCUUAUUAAGAGCAAAUUGUCAGGAAUGAAGCACAGUCAGAUUUCAUAAGCAUAUAACAUUCACAAGCUAACCUUUCCCCCACCUCUUCCUUAAACAUCCGAAUUCAAGGUUCUUUCUCAGCUGCUGGGAACCAGCAUAGUUUUAAGAGAGAGAACUUCAGACAGACCCCAACCUUGGGAGAGUUGAGAGUCCCAGCUGCACCAGGUAAACAUAACAUCACAACUCCCAGCUUUCCCCCCUCACCCCCAAGUAUAGGUAGGGCAAGACGCUGCCAUCAUCUGGACAGGUGCUUUCCUAUUGUAUCUCUUUCCCUGAUUUUCCUAACUCUUGUUCAUUAUUGUACUUUGCUCAGUGAAUGUCCUAGCUGUUUCAUUAUAUUGUAUGUUCUGUCACACUGUCCAGAGGAGUUAGCUAUGUUAGUCUGUAGUAGCAAAAUAGAAAAGAGUCCAGUAGCACCUUUAAGACUAACC